GGAAGUGGGAGGAAGCCGGAGUGCAAACUCCACACAGUCCUGGGUACUAUAACUACUUUAUCGACAAACGCCAUUGUGAUUGGAGCGCAUGCGCACUGUUAGCGUGCUUCCGCGUCGCCGUGGCAACAACAUCUGGUUGCCGUGACGUCAUCGCCGCCGCGCUCGCCAUUGUGUCCACGCGUCGCUGCUGGCGGGAUCCCUGCCUGGUCCACGUGGACGUAUAGCAGCUGCAAAUGGAGCGUGCUUCAAAACGUCGUCAGGUGAAACCUCUUGCUGCGUCUCUCCUGGAUGCCUUGGACUACGACAGCUCCGAUGAUAGCGACUUUCAAGUUGGAGAUGCCUCAGGCUCAGACGGCACCGGCAACGGCAGUGACGAGGACGGUUCUAAAGCCAGCACGGCAGCGUCUGAAAGUGACUCCGACAACGCGGUCUCUGCAGAAGAUGCUGUCGAUGAGGAGGAUUCCAAAGACAACUUUACGGAGGACGAAGACAAGUCCAAACAGCAGAACUCCUCAGACGGCUCCACCAAAGACGCCGCCGUGGCCAGUCCGCCCAAAGGAAGACGAAAGAGCAAGAAGGUCACAGAGUCGGACUCGCAGUCAGCGCAGGACAGCGUCUGCACGUCGGCGUCCGGGCCUGCCGGCGACAACGCGGAGGAACUGCAGGCCGAGCCCAAGAAGUGGAACUUCCGCAGGAACCGCCCGCUGCUGGACUUCACCAGCAUGGAGGAGCUGAACGAGAUGGACGACUACGACAGCGAGGACGACAAUGACUGGAGGCCUACGGCGGGCAAGAAGAAAGGCAAGGCGGGGGCCCAAAAGGGGGGCACGGAGGAAGAGGCCGGCGGCAGCGCCAGCGAGGACGACGACGACGACGAUGAUGAUGAUAAUGAUGACGACGAGGAGGAGGAGGAUGAUGACGAAGAGGAUGAGGACAAGGAAGAUGGCGACGAGGAAAACAACAACAGUAGCAGCGAGAGUGACGAGGUGAAGAAGCCCAAGAAAAAAGCAAAGAGCAUAAACGCUUUCGAUGAGGAAUUGACCAAUGACAGCAUGUCCCAGGGGAAAUGUAACGAGGAUGCCUUGCUGGAUCGAUCCCAGACGUGGAGCACUCGGCACAUCCUUAUCUGCUGCGUGUGCCUCGGAGACAGCAGCGGGGACGCAGACGAGAUCAUUCAGUGCGACAACUGUGGCGUCACCGUGCACGAAGGGUGUUAUGGCGUGGAUGGGGAGAGCGACUCCAUCAUGAGCUCCGCAUCAGAGAACUCCACCGAGCCCUGGUUUUGUGAUGCCUGCAAGAACGGAGUGAUGCCAAACUGCGAGCUUUGCCCCAACCAGGAUGGUAUCUUCAAAGAGACCGACGCAGGCAGGUGGGUGCACGUGGUAUGUGCACUCUACGUUCCCGGGGUGGCUUUCGGAGACAUAGACAAACUACGGCCAGUGACGCUCACGGAGAUGAAUUAUUCCAAAUACGGGGCCAAGGAGUGCAGUUUCUGCGAGGACAGCCGCUUUGCCAGGACUGGUGUGUGUAUCAGCUGUGAUGCAGGAAUGUGUCGCUCCUACUUCCAUGUCACCUGUGCACAGAGAGAGGGGCUCCUGUCAGAAGCCGCCGCAGAAGAGGAUAUUGCGGAUCCAUUUUUUGCCUACUGCAAGCAGCAUGCUGACCGCUUUGAUCGAAAGUGGAAAAGAAAAAACUACCUGGCUCUACAGUCGUACUGUAAGGUGUCUCUGCAGGAGAGAGAGAAACAACUCACUCCCGAAGCUCAGGCCCGGAUCACGACGCGACUGCAACAAUACCGCACGAAAGCAGAACUGUCCAGGAACACUCGGCCCCAGGCGUGGGUGCCGAGGGAGAAGCUGCCCCGACCUCUGACCUCCAGUGCCUCAGCCAUCAGGAAGCUGAUGAGGAAGGCGGAGCUAAUGGGCAUCAGCACAGAUAUUUUCCCCGUCGACCCGUCCGACACCAACGCUAGCCUGGACGGACGUCGCAAACACAAGCAGCCCGCCCUCACGCCGGACUUUGUCAAUUACUACUUAGAGCGGAACAUGCGCAUGAUCCAGAUCCAGGACAACAUCUCCGAGCAGAAGGGUUUAAAAGACAAGCUGGAGGGCGAGCAAGACAAACUGCACGUGGAGUACAACAGGCUGUGUGAGUCUCUGGAGGAGCUGCUAAAUGUCAACGGUGAUCUGCGCAGUGAAGGCCAGGCCAUGUGGACUCUCCUUGGGGACAUCCUAGGCCAGAAACUUAACACUCCAGCUGUUCUCAGAGCCCCCAAAGAGAGGAAGUCCAGCAAGAAAGAGGGGGAAACUCAAGGGAAGCCAUCCAGCCUGCCAGCAAUUCUCUACAGCAGCUGUGGCAUCUGUAAGAAGAACCAAGACCAGCAUCUGCUGGUGCUGUGUGACACCUGCAAACUCUACUACCACUUAGGAUGCCUGGAGCCACCACUGACACGCAUGCCUAAGAAGACCAAGAACAGCUACUGGCAAUGCUCAGAGUGUGACCAAGCCAGCAGCGAUGAGGCGGCCAUCGCCAUGGAGACGCUACCUGAUGGUACCAAGAGGUCGAGGAGGCAGAUUAAAGGCCCGAUCAAAUUCAUCCCACAAGAGAUGUCGCCGGAGCCCAAGAAGCCUCAAGUGAGGAGCUCAAGAACCAGAGGACAAAAGAGAAAGAGCAUCUCCAUGUGUGAGGAUGGAGAAGACAGAAUGGAGGAAGCAGUGCCGAGGGAGCGCAGACAGCGCCAUGCUGCAGCGCUGAAAAAGCCCAAAGCGGACGACAGCAGAACUGAGUGUACAACCUGUAAAGGUCCGGGUGACAAUGACAAUCUUGUGAGGUUGUGAGAGCCACGGCAGCCACCUCAGCCGCCAUAAACACUCGGGGACGGACCACCUUUGGCUUAGAGAGAGACAGACUUUCAGACAUUUGACUGUUGAGACGGGGACCAACGGCCAAGACCUGAUCCCAACCGGACCCGCUGAGGCGUUAGAUCCACCCGCCUGCUGAUGCCCUCCAUCCUUGCUGGCAGGGAUCAGCACUCACCUUGUCUUCUUGUCAUGUUUACAUCCGGACCGCGUCGCCACCUUCGAUGCGGGUGUUGGUGGCGGCGUGUCGUUGUGAUGGGAGGAAAGGUGUUUGAUGUGAGGCGCUAACCACACCCUCUUUACCUGUGUGACCUCGGGACCCGGCUUGUAUCUGCCCGACUUACAGUGGACUUCACCAAGAGUGUUAGCACCUGCAACAUAACAUGCCUUACAGUGUUUUACUGCAAUAUCUUAUUGACAUAUUCCUCCAUCAUAACUACAUGCUAAUACAAACUUUGGUCAGGACUCUCAGAGUGGUGUACAGACAGUAUGGCCAGUUGUUAGCAUCGAACCAGGAUCCUGGAAUAGAUUCUGGCAUGCAAUACUACAGUAGAAAGGGUACUUUAGUGUUAUACCACAGUAGAAUAGAUACCGGCGUGUAAUAUUACAGUAGAAAGGGAAAUGGCAUGUAAUACUACAGUAGAAUGGGUACUUUAGUGUAGUACUACAGUAGAAUGGGUACUUUAGUGUUGUAUUACAGUAGAAUAGAUACUGGUGUGUAAUACUACAGUAGAAUGGAUACUGGAGUGUAAUACUACAGUAGAAUGGGUACUUUAGUGUUGUACUACAGUACAAUGGGUACUUUAGUCUUGUACUACAGUAGAAUGGGUACUUUAGUGUUGUACUACAGUAGAAUGGGUACUUUAGUGUUGUACUACAGUAGAAUGGGUACUUUAGUGUUGUACUACAAUAGAAUGGGUACUUUAGUGUUGUAUUACAGUACAAUAGAUACUGGUGUGUAAUACUACAGUAGAAUGGGUACUUUAGUGUUAUACUACAGUAGAAUAAAUACUGCCGUGUAAUACUACAGUACAAUGGGUACUGGAGUGUAAGCUGUAGAAUAGGUACUGGCGUGUAAUACUACAAUACAAUGGGUAUUGGCAUGUAAUACUACAGUAGAAUUUGUAUUUUAGUGUUAUAUUACAAUAGAAUAGAUACUGGCGUGUAAUACUACAGUAGAAUGGGUACUGUAGUGUAACACUACAGUAGAAUGGGUACUGGCAUGUAAUACUACAGUAGAACUGGUAUUUUAGUGUUAUAUUACAGUAGAAUAGAUACUGGCGUGUAAUACUACAGUAGAAUGGGUACUUUAGUGUAAUACUACAGUAGAAUAGAUGCUGGAGUGUAAUACUACAGUACAAUGGGUACUGGAGUGUAAACAGUAGAAUAGAUACUGGCGUGUAAUACUACAAUACAAUGGGUAUUGGCAUGUAAUACUACAGUAGAAUGGGUACUUUUGUGUUAUACUACAGUAGAAUAGAUACUGGCAUGUAAUACUACAAUACAAUGGGUAUUGGCAUGUAAUACCACAGUAGAAUUGGUAUUUUAGUGUUAUACUACAGUAGAAUAGAUACUGGCGUAUGAUACUACAAUACAAUGGGUAUUGGCAUGUUAUACUACAGUAGAAUGGGUACUUUAGUGUUAUACUACAGUAGAAUAGAUACUGGCAUGUAAUACUACAGUAGAAAGGGAAAUGGCAUGUAAUACUACAGUAGAAUGGGUACUUUAGUGUUGUACUACAGUAGAAUAGAUACUGGAGUGUAAUACUACAGUACAAAGGGUACUGGAGUAUAAACAGUAGAAUAGAUACUGGCAUGUAAUACUACAGUAGAAUGGGUACUUUAGUGUUGUACUACAGUAGAAUAGAUACUGGAGUGUAAUACUACAGUACAAUGGGUACUGGAGUAUAAACAGUAGAAUAGAUACUGGAGUGUAAUACUACAGUACAAUGGGUACUGGAGUAUAAACAGUAGAAUAGAUACUGGCGUGUAAUACUACAGUAGAAUGGGUACUUUAGUGUUAUACUACAGUAAAAUAGAUACUGGCAUGUAAUACUACAGUACAAUGGGGACUUUAGUGUUAUACUACAGUAGAAUAGAUACUAGUGUGUAAUACUGCAGUAAAAGGGUACUCGAGUGUAAUACUACAGUACAAUAGAUACUAGUGUGUAAUACUACAGUACAGUGGGUGCUGGAUUGUUAUAAUAUAGUAGAAUAGUUACUAGCAUGUAGUACUACAGUAGAAGUAGUACUGGAGUGUAAUACUACAGUAGAAUACAUUUUAGUGUGUAAUACUACAGUAGAAUAGAUACUAGUGUGUAAUACUACAGUAUAAGUAGUACUGGAGUGUAAUACUACAGUAGAAGUAGUACUGGAGUGUAAUACUACAGUAGAAGUAGUACUGGAUUGUAAUACUACAGUAGAAGUAGUACUGGAGUGUAAUACUACAGUAGAAGUAGUACUGGAGUGUAAUACUACAGUAGAAGUAGUACUGGAGUGUAAUACUACAGUAGAAGUAGUACUGGAGUGUAAUACUACAGUAGAAGUAGUACUGGAGUGUAAUACUACAGUAGAAGUAGUACUGGAGUGUAAUACUACAGUACAAUAGAUACUAGAGUGUAAUACUACAGUAGAAGUAGUACUGGAGUGUAAUACUACAGUAGAAUAGAUACUGGAGUGUAAUACUACAGUAGAAUAGAUACUGGAGUGUAAUACUACAGUAGAAGUAGUACUGGAGUGCAAUACUACAGUAGAAUAGAUACUAGAGUGUAAUACUACAGUAGAAGUAGUACUGGAGUGUAAUACUACAGUAGAAGUAGUACUGGAGUGUAAUACUACAGUAGAAGUAGUACUGGAGUGUAAUACUACAGUAGAAGUUGUACUGGAGUGCAAUACUACAGUAGAAGUAGUACUGGAGUGCAAUACUACAGUAGAAGUAGUACUGGAGUGUAAUACUACAGCAACCCAACAUGAUUUGUUAUGAAGUAUUUCCUUGCAGUACUUUGUGAGUACUUGAUUCUGCCAACAGAAGUGUGUCAAUCACAAAGUUUAAAAAUGAAACAGGAUUGUGUUCAUUGAUACAAAAAUAUUUGAUGCCAUAUUAUUUCAACUUUAAUGUUGUAAUUAUUGUUAUUUAUUCUUCUUAAGUCCCUGUGGAAGAUGAGUGAUGUUGUAUUAUAUUUAUAUCUCUACUGUAUACUUCAUGCAGGGUAGUAUUCAUUGCACUUUUACUGGCGUAAAAAUAUUCCCUUUUUUUUUUUUUUCACACGUUGACCUUUUGUCCCUCCUGUGGUCGUCUGUGAAAACUGCUGAGUCGUGUCAAAUGUCAGCAUGUGACCCAGCAGUGGGAUCUUGGGUCUUUCCUUUUGUGUUUGCCAACAGCAGCCAUUUUCUGUUUUUGUUUUUAUCAUGUCCACUUGCACCACCGUCUCAUAUUUGUAUUCUUGUGGGCCAAACUGUGGUACUGCGUACUUGAAGGUACUACUUUGUGUAGAGUGGUACUGCGUACUUGAAGGUAGUACUUUGCCUGCGUUGUGUGUACUUUGGUGUGUGUUAGUGUUCCAGCUGUGUAAAAAUGAAGUUGUGCAUGCUAUUGCUGCCGUGCUAAUUGAGGGCUGUGGUGUUGUGGGGUUGCCCCGGGAGACGGCAUGUACCAGUGAUUGGUGUUAAUCACUGGACAAAAAAAAAAACACAAAGCAAUUUUUCGCCAAUGUAAAUAUAAAGACCGAACACGCGUUGUAAUCAUUAGACAUGAAAUGAUGAGUGAACGUUGAGGUGAACACGUGAAGGAGAAGCCCACACUUCUGCUUUACGAGCAGUAAAACACUUCUUUUCAAAGGACUGACACUUGUAACUUUUUUCUGGCCCCGCGGUGGAUUAUUUCGCAGGUGGACUCCAAAAAAAUACUGAUACCGGAUCGCCAACAUUCUCUGUGUUAGUUUUUGUGUGUGGUUCGAUUUAAUAACUCGAGCGAUAUGCUAAUUAAGAUUAUUUUACUACGUUGUUUUCCUUUUGUGAAUGUCUUGACUAAAAUCGAAUAAAUGUGUGCUGGUUGGAGGA